UUCGGAAUUUGAAAAUUAAUAUUUUGUUUCAGAAUUUUUUUUUUCUGCUCUUUUUGACAUUUAAAAGAAAAAGAAUAAUCAACGAUUGAGACAAUUUAUUUAUUUUUAGUGCAAUAAUUAUUGUUUGUUCCUAAUGCAAAUACCGCGCCACCCACAAUCACUUACGAUGCUCGCUUUCUUCUUCUUCUUCUUCCUUUCUCUUCCAUUUCCUUCCACCAUUUUCCUCUCUCUAACUCUCUGUUUCCGCCGCCAUGGACGAGACUUCCGCUCUAAAACCAGACCCACCGUUUUCCAAUCUCCGCCGGAAAAACUCCAUCACGGUGCCCGUUGCCGUCCCAUCUAAGUUAAACCUUCUCGCCGCCACCAAGCCCUCCCGCGGUGCGGAAGCAUCCCCGCCGUUACCGUUGGCUUUCGAGCUCGUCCCAAUAAAAUCCUCUUCCUCUGGGUCGUCUCCUUCCCUUGCAUACACUUCCCUCAGAGACAUUUUGCCGUCGAACACCGCCAGCAGCUCCCCCACCGCCGCCUCUGCUGCGAAUUCAGGGUACGAGAUCUCGAUCCGCAACCGCCUUGUGAAGCAGGCGGCGUGGGCUUAUCUUCAGCCGAUGUCUUCCUCUCCAGGCUCCUCAGGACCUCACCUCCUCCGCCGUAUUUGGCUCAGAUUUUCAGCUUGUCUUAGCUUCCUCAACCUGCCCAUAAUUUCAAGUAUAACCAACGCUUUUGAUCGGAUAUUUCGCGUUGUUGGGAUCAAUUUUGUCUAAUAAUGACGAACAGGGGAAAUACAAAACAGCUCUUCUUUGACUGAAAUCAAUCAUCUCUGUUUCUGUUCUGUUCUGUGUGUAUUAAUUAAUGAUUAUAUACACAUACACCACCCCUAUAAGUACAGUUGAAGAAGAAGAGGAAGAAACAAAAGAAGAAAAAAAUAAAAAUAAAAAAGGGAUGUAAAUGUUUGAAGAAAAAAUUCCAAAAUGAAUCUAUCUUGUGUUUUUUUGAGUUGGAGAGAGGGUUUUCAGUUCCUUUUUUCUUUUUGUACAGUUUUGUUUUGCAACUUCUAAUGGGUUUUUUUCGAUCCUCUGAAUCGAGCUUGGUUGUGGUUUUGAUCUUCAUAAAAAUAGUUUGUUUGGUCAUGGAGGGGAAAUUGCACAUCAAAUUCCUCCGUCGUGCCUGUGGAACGCCGACUAUUAGAACCGAGUAAAGGAGCACUUGGAAACCAUUUCCUAGCCUUACUCCUGCUCGAAUCUUUGCUUUGCCUUGGAGGUUUCCGGAAGAACGAAGGCAGCUCGUUUGGAGGUGGCGGUGGCGCUGGUGGCGCACUUGGAGUUGGAUGAUGCUCGUUCCUCUGCAAAAUGUCAGUUUACAUCUCUAAUCAAAUGAAACAUAGAUACUCUUGCCUGGGAUCAAUUCUUGGUGGGGUUUUUGUAAAUGUCUUAAAGAGAAUGGAAAAAGUAAGUGCUGUUUCCUUGUAA